ACGGGUCUCUAAUUCUGGCAAUUAAGAGGUGCCGCCAAGGUCAGAUGGACACUGCCUCAAGGGAAGGACAUGAAAAUGCAGAACUUCAGAAAGGAAAACACAGCCCACUUCAGGAUUCAUCAGCUGCCUAAAAAUGCCCCAAGGCCAUGACACAAGGCUGUCCCACCCCAACAAGACCAGCAUAAAAGCCAGCCCAGAACCUCUCUCCCUCACAAACUUCUCACACCUUCUACUCCUGCACCGGCCGACAACAGGGACCCUCCACACCACACUCAUGGCCUGCUACGACAUCUGCCGACCCUGCGGACCCACCCCGCUGGCCAACAGCUGCAACGAGCCCUGUGCCCUGCAAUGCCAGGAUUCCCGUGUUGUUAUCCAGCCUUCUCCCGUGCUGGUGACCCUGCCAGGACCCAUCAUGACCUCCUUCCCGCAGAACACCGCUGUUGGAUCCACUUCCUCAGCUGCCGUGGGCACUGAACUCAGUGUGCAGGGACAGCCCAUCUCUGGGGGAUUUGGUGGCUUUGGUGGAUUUGGUGGCUUUGGCUAUGGCCGUGGAUUUGGUUAUGGGCUGGGCGGUGGCUAUGGGCUGGGAGGCCUGGGCUGCUAUGGCAGAAGGGGUGGCUACAACUGCUAA